CCGGGAGCGGCCCAGCGCAGCCCGCAGCUGACGCCGGUCCCCGCGGGCCGCCGCCGCCGUGGCGGGGCCGGGCCGUGCGUGGCGGAGCGCUCCGGGCCGCGCGCAGCCGUUGAGCUGCGGGGCCUCGGCGGAGGCAGCGGAGUGACAAGAAAGACCUUGGCUCUGAAGUCUCUCUGUCAGUCUCCUUGGGUUGCUCUGGCCUGCCCACAUCAUUCCUGCAGCUUGGGUGGCUCUGGAUGGCUGUUGAAGAGGGAUGUUCAAUCUAAUGGCCAAUUGCUGCAACUGGUUGAAACGGUGGAGGGAACCUGUCAGGAAGGUGACACUAAUAAUGGUGGGUCUUGAUAAUGCUGGGAAAACUGCUACAGUCCGAGGAAUUCAAGGAGAGUCUCCUGAAGAUGUGGCUCCAACAGUUGGGUUUUCCAAAAUUAAUCUUAAACAGGGACGCUUUGAAGUCACCAUCUUUGAUUUAGGAGGUGGAAAACGAAUCCGGAAUAUCUGGAGGAAUUAUUACGCUGAGUCCUAUGGGGUCAUAUUUGUGGUGGAUUCCAGUGACAUUGAAAGAAUGGAAGAAACAAAACAAGCCAUGAUAGAAGUGUUAAAAAGCCCUAAGAUAUCAGGAAAACCUGUGUUAGUGCUGGCAAAUAAGCAGGACAGAGAAGGAGCUCUGUCAGAAGCAGAUGUGAUCGAGUCCUUAUCUCUGGAAAGGCUGGUUAAUGAACACAAGUGUCUCUGUCAAAUUGAGCCUUGCUCAGCAAUCAUGGGCUGUGGGAAAAAGAUUGACAAAUCAAUCAAAAAGGGAUUAUUUUGGCUUCUCCAUAUCAUAGCAAAAGAUUAUGAUGCCUUAAGUGAGAGGAUCCAGAGAGACACUACAGAGCAAAAGGCACUUGAGGAGCAGAAGAAACUGGAACGAGCUGAGCGAGUCAGGAGGAUACGGGAGGAGAGGGAAAAAGAAGAAGGAAAUGCACCUGAAGAGGAAGACCCUGAGCCUGGGAAAUGUGGAAACCCCUUCCAGCCUAUAUCUGCUGUAAUCUCUGAGAAUGAAAAACAGCUGGAAAAGGAAAAGAAGAGACAAAAGUUGGAGACUGAAAAGGCUUCAAUUGUCUUGAAAUCCCAAGCAGAGCAGGACCACUUAUCAAGUAGCAGUAGCCAAAACACAAAUGACAGCAGGCUGGAAAGGUGCAAUUCCACAACUGCCCAGCUUUUGCAGCAUGCAGAAGAGAGUGACCAACAAGCCUCAGAAUGCCUUGACUCAGAUAACAAUAAGAAAAAAAGUAAAAAACCAAAAUUAAAAAGGGGCCACAGAGUAGAACCUGUUAAUGCAGAGGACUCUAUUCCCAAGAAUCCUACACCACCAGCAGCCCUUCCACCAGUUGGAUGGGGAACUCCCAAACUUAAUAGACUUGGAAAACUUGAGCCUCUUGGUGAAACACAUCAUCCUGGCAAAUAGAGAGAAGGUGACAAGAAAUGAAAGCCAUAUGAAGAGAUUUCUAUGGAAAGCCUUUGCCCCCGCUGACUCUACGCCAAAGACCCAACAGUGAUACCCAUGAUGUCAUUGCUUAACUGGAGCACAAAGAGAAUUUUAAAAAAAACCCAUAAAUUAAAAAUCCUAUCUUUUUUUUUUUUUUUUACCCUUGAAGGAAAUUUUUUUAUGUGACAUUUUAUCAGCAUAUGACAAUUAAACAUGGAGUUCAUCCUGUUGUACUUAAUGGUCGGACUUUAUAAUUUACUUUUCACAUCACCAGCUCUUCUUCAGGAUUUAUUUGGUUUACUUGUGAAAAGACAUGGUUGAAAACCUGAAGAAAAACACCUUCAAGAUCCCAUAAUACUGGAUUGUACAUUCCCACCGAGACCUUUCUCCAGGUGCUGUGCAGGUGUUGGUAUUUUUUCAGGGAAUAAAUUAUUCUAAAGCAUUUUAUAAGAUUCCUGUAUGAUAGGGUGAAUAUAGAAAGGUUAAACAAAUAUUGAAUAUAUUUUUCUACCUUUUUAUAAAACGAGUUAAAAGUUUGAGUGGAGCUGUGUACCUACUACCAGUGAAAUGAUACCUAGGGAGCAUUAUAAAGCUGAUAGUCAAGUGUAUAAAAAUAAAGUGUAUUUGACUCUUGUAUUUCUUUUACAGUACCAAUACAUUUUCUUAGGUAUUAUAUUACAUAUUUAAUAUUUCUGGCAAUCUGAAGCAGAGGGUACGAUAAAAAAAUUAAAUACAUUUUAUACAAAAUAAUGUUAUUUGAACUAUCUGGAAGUUUUCUUACCUGUUGUUUUCUUUGUUUUGUUAACUGAGUUUGGCAUAGGAAAUAAAUUCUAUGGAAAAAAUAGAGUGAACACUGUAUUGUCUACUACAACAAACAAAAAAAAUCACAUAGUGGGAAAUUUGCACUAAUUAAAUCAUCAGUUUUGAUAGGAAACUGAAUCAACCAGUAUGCAGAGGACCUCCCUCAGUUUUUAAUCUCAGUUAUACUAAAAUAUCAUCUUGCAAACUGAAGAAACCCUGGGUUUUUAAGGAUUUCUUUAAAACUUCCAUGUAAUGUGUUGAAAAUCACAUACAAGUGAUACCUAAACAAGAAGGGUUUCAAUUUGUUAUAUUCCUGUUUAAAUGUUUUUACUAUUAACACUGGAGACAACCAGUAGUGUAUUUGUAAAGGUUCAUUGUUCUGCCACUUAAUGACAGACAGGACGAAGCCCCCAUUCAGGGGUUUUUUUGGAGGAGCAGCAUUUGAUAAUUUUAUAUUAUGGUCUGUCAUCAAUAAUGUGGUUUUACCAAAGGAGUUUAGAUGUUGAAACAAUGUGGUGUGUUACAUGUUUAGCACUUUGAUUUUGGAAAACCUUGCCAUGCACCCCUUGCAGCAAGGAGUUGCACAAACAUCUGCCAUAUUAAAAUGAAAUAAUUUAAGAUUUUUAAAGAGUAUGGUGGAAUCACUCUUAAGGUUACUAAGUUUGGAAUAGGUAGAGAGAUUUAUUCCUCUGUGUAUGCUAGUUUAGAGAAAGGAGGAAACAAUUUCUAUGUGACUACCAGCAUGAGAAUACUUCUGUUGUAUUCUAAUAGUAGAACAUGAUUCAGUUGAAUUAUUCUCAGGAUUUGGUCAUUUUCCCUUCAGACAACACAAUACUAAGUGCAGGGGAGGUUGCACAAAAAUGUGUAUGUGCAAUCUUCACUUUACUAACACUAGCUCUGUUACCACUUAAGUUUUUGGCUUAAAGGCUCUACUUUUGCAGACUUACUUUUUUACAGCUUCAAUUUCUAGGAAUGUAUUAUACUUUUGUUUUCCCUCUUUCCUAAAAUAAAUCAUGGAAGUCUUUAUUUAAAAUAAAGCUAAAUACUGCUGUGGUAACAAAAUUUGAGAAAGUGAAAUGUUAAUGCUUAUAUAUGAACUGUUUGUUUUGUGUGUUGUGUGUGUUGACAUAUAUAUAAUUUUUGAUUUUUGCUUUUAAAAUAAAUUUUACCAGUAUGUGACCAAUGUACUCAAAAAUGUUUUAUAAGUUUUUGUUUUGUUACUAUGCUUUGUAAUUAUUUACUAUGCUGGGGUUUUUUUUCCCAGUAAUUUAUACUGCUAUGACUUUUUAUUUGCUCAAGAUGACAUUUAUGUAUAGAAUAAAACUAAUGCAAAGCAUCAA